AUGAUUCCCACGACAAUGGAAGGCGUCACGAUACGCAUCAUGUGCCUUGAGGAUUAUGAAAACGUGAAAGCUUAUUUGAAGGAAGAGUACUAUACAGCGGAGCCUCUGUGCCAAUCCAGCGGCGAACCCGUUCACCUGCAAAACGAGAAGAUUAACGACGCUUGGUACCAGUUGAUGAUCGAAGAAGGCAUCAGCCUGUUGGCCCUCGACGAAAACGAUGGUGGCCGGAUUGUGGGCUUAGUUAUGGCAUGUGCUCUUUACCCCGAGAAUGCAAAUACGGGAGCAUUACGCAUAGAUAUAACGAAGCUGGAGGAUAACGCUUGGACCCGUAUAUAUCAAUUACUAGUGAAGGUCGAGCGAGAAGUCAAUCUUCAUGAGCGCUAUGACAUCUCGAAGGCGCUGUACUCCGCCGUGACCAGUGUGGCCUCCUGGAUGAGGGGCAAGGGUCUGGGCUCCCGCCUGGCCGCCACUCUGAUGGACCUGGGCCGAUCGAAGGGUUUCCCCCUUAUGGUGGCCUUCUGCACCAGCUUCUAUUCCGCUCGACAGAAGAAGGCCUUGGGCAUGGAGUGCAUCUACUCCAUCGACUACGCCGACUAUAAGGAUGAUGAGGGACGAGUGGUCUUCGCACCGCCAGCCCCACACACAAAGGUGCGAGUAAUGGCAAUUAAACUGUGA